UUCCAAAAUCCAGACUUGGAGAUAGUGCGGAUAAACUCAAGUGACUAUUCGGUUAGAAGCUAGAUCUAGUUAAAUCAUGCUAGAUCUAAGCCUACCUUCGUCGAAAACGAUGGCGGUGAGACUUCGAUGGCCAUCCAUCAAACGAAACAGGAGAAAAAUGGAGAUGAUGCCGGAGAUGUGACCGUUGGACUAGAAGAAGGGAGGCGAUGAUGUCUAUGAGAGGGCUCUCGAGAAAUUUUUCCCGCCUUUUUUUCCUUUCUCAGCGGGGUCUCACCAAAUUAGUGUGACCCCGCUUACCGAUUUUUGAGAACUUGCGUCACUGGUGUUUCCUUUCCUUUCCCGGAUUUUCAUUUGAAACAAACACAUGAAAAAAAGAAUAUUUUUCAAUAAUUCUUCAUUUCCCAUCCAUUUCUCGAAAACCAAAUGCACCGUUAAUUUCAUAUUGGGUUUUGGUUAAUGUACCCGUGAUUAGAUUUUUCUAGUUUAUCUUAUUAGUUUGUUUUCAGUCACCUUCGUUCGACUAAAGACUGACCGUCGGUGUGAGCUGAGGUUCGGUUCACUCACCUUCGAUUUGUUGAAAAACGAAAACCAGAAAGACUAUUGUGUUUGAAGGAGAAGUAGAAGAAGAAGAGGAGGAGGAGGCCAGAGAACGUACAACCAGACACUCUCGCAGCCGGCGGCUUUCGAAUGGACGGACGCCGAUGUGUGGGGCAGGGUUCGGUGGAGGAGAAAAAAAAAUGGGAGGGAGGGCUCGAACCGAGAUAUAUUCAGAGGAUAAUUAGCUCAUUUUGUGUCCGGUUCAACCGGUCACUUCGGUUAACGGCCUUGUGAAGCGUUGAUGUUAGCUUCUUUUUGCGCAACCGACGUGGUUGAUUCUCAUUGGUGGAUUCACACGUCCAUGAACCCACGGGUUCACGGAACGCGGACUCGGUGGUUGUCAUUUGUUGUAUCAGAAAGUCAAAACAAUCUCGCGCCUUAUUUCAAAUAUUUGGCGCCAAAUUCACUAUUUUACACAUCACCCGUCUGGUUUUCUCCAUUGCAGGCCUUAAAGAGCUCAAACCAAUCGAGUCUGUACAUAAUUUCUGAGAAGUCUUAUUUUUCAACGGGGGAGAAAAGAUGGAGAGCGACGAUGAUUACCAGAUCUUGUCACAUCCAGCAGAAGCCUCUUCUCCAGUUGAUGGAAGGAAACUGAAGCGGUUGAAGAAAGCUUAUAGGGUUUCAAAUGAGUCCCUCUUUCAUCACACGGAUCAAGGUCAUUCAGCAUCCGUUUUCCUUUCUCCCAAUGAAGAAGAUUCCGAGUCUUCGAAAAUCCCAGAUACCGGGGAAUCGGUGGAUCUAUCGGGGUCUGCUUUGGGAACGGAGAGUUUCGACUUUGAAAAGGAUUCUGAUCCAGGAUUGGAUCCACUGUUUGCCUAUGGAGAUCGAUUGGAACCACUGCCAACACCGGAGGUGGAAGAAGAAUCUCAGCUGAGCUCUUUGGAUGCUACGACUAAUGAAUUUGAUGGAAAAGGAGAAGAUCAAACCAAGGACUCGGGAGAAGCCUCUCAUAGAGAAGAAACUGGAGAAUUGAAUGCGGAGAAAUAUCUUAAUAAACAGCACAACUUAGAAGGUUCGGUUGAGAAGAAAAAUAAGAAGAGGGUUAAGAGUCGUGGAGAUGAAAAUAUUGAAACGUCUGGUUGGACAAAGAGAAGACUAGAGAAGGAAAGGAAGGCUCGCCUUGAACAACUUCACGCUGAAUCUCAGAGACUUUUAAGAGAAACUAGGGAUGCAGCAUUUAAGCCCGUAGUUUCUGUACGGAAGUCAAUAUCUUCAGUUCUGGAGAAGAUCCGAAAAAGGAAGACAGAGGUGUCAAAAAAAGCUGGUAUUUCAAACACUUUUGGUUUCCUCGAUGUCAGCAAUUCUUCUUUGAGAGAGUGUUCAUUGGACACAUAUCCUGAACGUAUCAAGAGUGGGAAUGCAAACCCUGAAAAAACAGGAUCUUCUGUGCAUCUUCUCAGUGUAGAUUAUGGUUUUGAUGGCACUAAUGUGGAUGAAUUUAGUGGUCCUGCUGCUCAACAUGAAAAAUUUAGCUCCAAGUCCAACAUGGACACAAACAUGCAUCACCUGAAUGUGGAUGGUAGUUCAGAUGCCAUUCACGUGAAUGGAUCCAUAAAUGCUUCAGCUCAUUCAGAUCGAGAAAAUGUCUCGUCUAGUAUGGCUCAGGGCAGUGGAUCAAGAGAUGGAUUUCGGUAUCCAGUCGAUGGCACUCAGGACCUUUUCUCUGAAUCCCAAUCUGCUGGGGAGGAUCACCCUGAGAGUCCUGAAGAAGUUCUAGCACCAUCUUUGCUUGCUAUGAACUUAAAGCUUGAUUUUGCUCCACCUGAUGAAGUUUCUGAUGAAGAAGAUGAUGACAAGGAGAACAUUGAUCCUCAUCCGCACAAAUCAAGUCGUGAGGUUUUGUCUCCAAAAGGUGAUCCAGUUAAAGCUUUUGUUGACGAUGAAGCUGAAGAAGAAGAUGAUAGUGAUCAUGAUUUAAUGAGAUUCCAAGAAAAUGAAGAGGAUGAAGAAAAUGAAGGGGUUGAAGAACUACAUGAUCUGAUAGUGACUGGAUACAAGGAAAAUCCAAUAGAUAGUGAAAGGCGUGAUGAGCUUCAUCAGAAGUGGCUUGAACAACAGGAUGCAGCUGCAACAGAUAAUGUUUUGCAGAGGUUAAAGUUUGGUCGGAAACAGAGAGACACAGUUAUGCUUGAAGAUGAAGAGGAAAGAGAGUUUGGUGAGGGUUCCAUAGAUGAGUUUGAAGAUGAUAUGCUUCCAACAAAUAUUACCCGAAUAAAUACAAAAAAAGUGAAGCAGAUGAUUCCUUGGAUGUUUACCGAUAAGGAUGAUGUCUUGUCAUCUGAUGACGAGGAAACAGAGCAGAGGCUAGUUAGACAGCGCUUACUUGAGAAAAAUGAAGAUCAGGGCUCAUUCUUGUCCCCAGCAGAGGAUGAGAGUUCAAGAGAAGUUUUUGGUCUUAUAAAGAAGCUGAAUGUUGCCCCUGAUACAAAGAAAAAGGCAAAGCCAACAUCCUUUUUCAAUAUGCUGGUUACAGGAGGAAACAGUAAUAGUGCUUCUAAGUCAUCUUUUGUGGGCCGAGCACCUAGCAACUCCCUAUCGUCAUCCCAUAGGCACGGAUCAAGUACGGUCAGGUCGUUUAUAUUUGGACGAGAUGAUAGCAAUAGCAGAAGUGGGAUCUCAACAUCAGAAGGUUCUUCAGAUGUGAGUCAGAAGGAAUGCCGUCCUGUGAGGAAUUCAUCGGCUAAGUUUCGUAGCUCUCAAUCCAAAUCUAGUAGCCGAGACACUAGGAUUGCAGCUGCAGCAGAUUCAGGUUCUUCGCUCUUUGAUAUCCUCAAGCGCUCCUCUAUGCAAUCUGAUCCCUGCAGUCACAAUAAUGUUGGGCAAGCUCCAACAUUCUUCACUGCAUUCAAGUCCACGAAGAGGGCAAUAAAGAUGGAAGGAAGAACAUGAUGCAAAAACAAAUAUUUGUUUUUAUAUGUUUUCAUGAGUACGCUCAUUUCUGGAGAAAGUAGACUCGUGAUGUUGUGCAUAGAAGGUUCUUUUAAGUUGUACCUAUAGGAAAUAUUAAGGUAAUUCAAGUUGGGGUCUUGGGGGUUCAAAAUUUAAAGCUA